GGCGGGGCCGCGCAGGCGCGGGGCGGCCAUGGCGACCUUCUUCGGGGAGGUGGUGGUGGCCCCGUCCCGGGCCGGGCUGGACGAGGAGGAGGAGGAGAGGGAGGAGACCCCCGAGGACCGCGAGAUCCGCAGGGAGCUGGAGAAGAAAAGGGAGGUCGAUGUGCUGUGGAGCGGGCUGGCCCCGGAGCCCUUGGUGUGCUCCCGGUUCGUCGUGGCCAUCGGGCGGAACGCGGCAGCUUUCCUGUCCUCUUUCAUUCUGGAUUCUGUGUGCUGGGAGGUGGUUGGAGUUGUGAAGCUCUGGAACGAGUGGUGUCGAACAUCCAGCACCACCAGCGUCCUCCCCACCGAUUCCUUCUGUCUGUUCUACAGAUUGAUAUCAGACCCCACGGUUUUAUUGUGCCAGUGCAGUUGCUACGUGGCUGAGGAUCAGCAGUUCCAGUGGCUCGAGAAGGUUUUUGGCUCGAUGCAGAAGGAAGGGUUGCAGGUAACCAUCCUCUCCACGUGCCCCGUGGCUGAUUACAAAACUCAGGAAUCCACUUUAACGCUUGCAUCUCCGUUCCUGAAAGCCUUGAAGACCAAAGAAUUCCAGGAGCAGGUUUGCUGCCCACUGCUGGAACAGCCCAACAUUGUGAGGGAUCUCCCUGCUGCUGUUUUGAGUUACUGCCAGGUGUGGCAGAUCCCUGCAGUGCUCUACCAGUGCUACACUGACGUCAUCAAGCUGGACACGGUGACAAUUGAGGCCUUCAAGCCUCUGCUUUCUUCUGAAGUCCUCAAGAGUUUGGUCAAGGAUGCAUCUGAGAGCACCAAGAUGUUGAAGAAGUUCCUGACGGCCACUGAAAGUCACAAUAAUAUCUACAUUUAACAGGGACAUUUGUGCCACAGGCUGCACAAACUCCAGUUUCUUCUCCAGAAGACUUUUGGGAAUUUUACUGUUGUUUUCUUUAAAAGUAGAAUAAAUUCCAGGAGGUUUUUACUUCUCAUUUUUUUGCUGCUUUCAGCCUCGUGGCUGCAAAACAGGUGGAUUCCUUCUGCAGGGCUUGGGAGACUUUCUGCUGGAGUGGAUUUA